AUGGAACUGCAUAUUUUUGACUUUGAUGGGACAGUUUUCUACUCUCCUAGCCCAUCCAUCAGGAUAAAGGAGACGCACGGGGCAAAAGUGUACGCAAGGCUCAUGCGGCCGCUCAUGGACAACGGCCUGGGUUGGUUUCAAAGCCUCACCACACUGUUGCCGCCCGCGGUGCCAAUGACUCCGUCCAUCACAGACUGGUACGUGGCACCCGUCUUCCAGCGAAUGAUGGAGCUAAGGCAGCGCCAAAUUGAUGCUGCCGCCAUUGGUGUCUCGGAGUGCGUUAAGAUGUUUGUGUUAAGCGGUCGCGACGAGAAGUUCCGCCAUCGUAUUGAUGAGCUCUUAACGCAUGCGGGGUUGCGAGACAUGUUGGGUGCGGUAUUUCUGAAGCCGCACGAGACGUACGGUACAGUGAAGUUUAAGCUGGAGACCUUCUACUCACUGAUUGCUCAGCACCAUCCCAAGCAUGUGUAUUACUACGAGGACCGUGUGGAGCAAGGACACAAGCUCCUAGACGGCAUCCGGUUGCUCUCACAGGCGCUUCACCCUGAUGCUCCCGAGUCGUUUUACGUCCAUACCGCAGUAUUCGAGGAGAACGGUGCACUUCGUCCAUUUUCCCAUGAAGGGAAAGAGGGUGAUGCGCGAAGUGGACAGGCUGUGCGUUGGUGGGAUGAAACCAAGCGACGCGCUUCGCCGGACCCUUUAACAAGCAUUACCCCCUUCAUCUUUACACUGUUGUUGAUCGAUCCAGUUUUAACAUCACGCUGCGAGAACUUGCUAACCGCGACUACGGAGGAUGAGGUUAUUGCACAGCUGCAAUAUGAGCGUGACGCGUAUGAACUCAAUCAUCCCAAAGAAACAAAGAACAAUUAUCGUGGACGUGGUUCUAAUCGUCGUUAUCACCCACAAAAAUAG